AAUAUCAGAAUGGAAAUUUUAUAACUAUUCCAUUUAAAACCAGAUUUCAAUUGCUUAUCGUAAAACGUAUUAUAGAAAGUAAAAUGGCUUAGUGCAGAAAUAACGUAUAACUUUUUGCACACUUUUUAAAACUACAAUGAAUCGCUUUCAGAGCAUGAGAAAUGUAAAUAUAUUUUCAGAAUAAUCGUGGUUAAUCGUUAAAAACCAUUUGAUGGCCUUAUCUUCCGUCGCAUGUUUCGUACUGCAAUAUCUUUUGCUCACUUCUAAUUUCCUGGCUUUACGACUCUUGAUGAAUAAUGGGGGAUCUUAUGACAGGGUGUCUAUGUUUAAGAUGAAUGCCGAACAAAAUUUAGAUGCAUAAGUAGUUUCUCUAACGUUUACUCAUAUCGGAGAAAAACAUGCUCAGACUGUGAACUCACUUCUUGGAGCAUUGUUCCUAUCACGCCAAUCAUUGAAGUUAGUGUGAGUCUUUCUUGGGAGACUGUGGUUAAAAUAUUUUGAGAAACCAUUUUUGAUAUUUCAUAGUAAAUUUGUACUAUGGAGCGAUGGAUGGGACAGACGGCGGUAGUGACGGGAGCUGGUUCAGGCAUCGGUGCUGCUACUGCUGCAGCUUUGGCCGAGGCGGGUCUGAAGGUCGUCGCUGUAGACAUAGCCCCAGAGAAUUCUAUCACCGAUUACCUGAGUCCACUGUUGAAGCCCGAAUUCCUGAAGAAUGUGAUCCCGAAGCAGGUGGACGUGACGGACCACAAGCGUCUCGAAGAGCUGUUUUGCUGGAUUGACAAGUUCGGUGGCGUGAGCGUCCUCGUCAGCUGUGCUGGGGUCAUGUUCCCUGGCCAGGUCACCGACGUCGGCAAAGACGUCGUGAGCGCGGAGAAACUAAGCCGAACGCUGGACGUGAACACCAAAGGAGUGAUCCUAUGCUCUAAGUUCGCUGUCGCCUCCAUGAAAAAGAGGGGCAUUGACGGCCACAUCGUCAACAUUAACAGCUUAGCGGGCCACUACGUGCCUUUCAACUCACACAUGAACGUGUACUCGGCCUCUAAACAUGCUAUCACCGCUUUCAAUGGCGUCCUAACUCACGAGCUAGCAGACUUCAAUAGCAAGAUCAAGCUAACGAGCAUCUCACCGGGCAACACGGCGACCGAGCUCGCAUGCAAGUCGCUCGAGUAUGUUAGUAAGGAGUCUAAUGAAGUCGCGCUUCAACCCAGCGAUAUUGCCGGCGCCGUGCUAUACGCGCUUUCCACGCCGCCUAAUGUUAAUAUCAACGAAUUAACCAUCACCUCAGUGGGGGAGAAGCGACUAUAAGGAGACACUAUUACCCGGCACGUUUAUAUCAUAAUAAAGCGAACAUGGCUAGUGAACUCUA